UCAACUCAGUUGAAUACCAACAUUUGUUCAGGAAACAUCACGGACAAAUUUUGCUUUGAAAGAUGUCCGCUGCUAGAGCGUCGUGAAUCGUUAUUAUAUUAUAUUAGAGGCUGCUUGGAGGCCAUAUGUGAGGGAACACAUGUUAGUAGUGACUCAGCCUCAAGCCCUGGCCGUGAAAUGAGAACUAUAGUCCCAAGGGUGUGAAAUGAACGAUUGGUCUGGUUCAGGAGGGUUGACCCCCCUCCAUCCAUCCAGCUACCAUCUACCGGUCAAUCAAGCAAGCAGCUACCAUCAGGGUAGCAGUUACCAUCAGGCAAAUAGCUACCAUGGUGAUCAGUAUAUACAUGCUGAUAUAUUUAAUGAGUUGCAGCAUGAAGUUAGUAGUCUGCUAGUUCUGAAAGAUGCGCUUCUUGAAACCUUUCCCCAUCUACACCAUCGGCUUCAUGGACAGGACGGACGGAGGUUGGGUAAAGAGGUUGGAGGGGGAGGAGGAAGUGGAGGGGGUGGUGGAGGAGAGAUGUCGGACGAGCAUCCAGUAUCCUGGAGUACUGGAAGUAUACCAAGGAUGCGCAGGAUUAGGAAGAGUCCGGAGGGAAGCUCAACAGGAAGUACCGUGGCAGAUUCCGGGUUUUCAACAGAAAAGGGUCAGGAUUCAGUAAGUACACAAGGGGGCAAAUAUUCUCCUCCUGAAGUCCGGUGGGAUACUUGGACAAUGUCUAGACACGCCCCCUCACCCCCUUCCCCGCCCCUAGGGGGAGAGGACGAACUCAUGAGUCUCUUAGAUGUUAUUCAUAGGAAGGCAGUUAAACUACGAAGUCAAUCCAAUCAGGAUGAGGAUCGAAGACUCCAAGAUCAGAGAAAGAUCUCUGAUAAAUCCCGAAAUCCUGGUCCAGGGAGCAAUCUUGGAGCAAUCUCUGAAAGUAGUGAACUCUACGAUCCUUACAAGGAUCGCCGGAGAUCUGAACUGAAUGGAUCAGACAGAGAUCAUCUUGUGGAUCGUAUCACUGAAUUAGAAAAUGAAACAAUUAGGUCCCGAAAUUGUGUGCUAAGACUGGAGAAUGAGAUGGUAAAGGUGUCCAGGCAGAAAGAAAUGUUGGAAGAGCAACUAAGAUUGAGUGAGGGAUCAAAGGAUAAGGAGGGAUCCUCUGCCUCCGGUUCUACCAGAGCUCAGUCGGAGGGACCUGGAGGGAUCAUUCAUUCCGUUCAAAUUCUUACAGGAGAAUCUCGGCGCGCGAAUUCACCAGAGUCUGCGCGCAUGCUCAGUCAGAGUGAAACCAACCUUCGUAUGGCCGGCCGGGGCUCAGUGAACAUUGAAAUCCGGCAACCAGGGGAUAGUUUAUCUGGUGAACCGGGCAGCCGGGUUCAUCGGCCGGGCCGGCUUGGUCUUCCACCUAGUGUUAGUGUUGUGAAUCUGCGUACAAGCAGUGAAAACUUGUACGGAACCUAUGGGCCGGUACACCAAGGCGGUAGCGUGGAUGCGCUCAAUCGGUAUCCACCUAGCGGUCAAUUAGUGAACCAAUAUCCCCCUAGCGGCCAGUUAGUGAACCUUCAUCAUACAAACCAAAUUCAUUCAGACCAUUCAAAAUACUUUCAGACUAAGCUGACCGGACCUCCAGUAUCCGGUAAAGACCCGACGCAUGCGUCACAGCUCCGACGUGUCCUUUCCAACGAUAAAUUGGCGCAAAAAUCCCGCUCAGUGGACAAUCUCUUCGAGGCUCGUCUACGAAAGGCGACCAGCGAAAUCAGCCUGCAGCCGCGUGCAGGAUAUAACGAACACAAUGCGCGCUUGAAAGGAACAAGUUCAGAGCAGGUGCUUACGAGAUUAGGAAAACAGGAAAAGGUAAAACUGUCUGGUUCUGUAGUAUCUGUGCCUGGUGAGCUGGGCCGGCACGGCAGGCUGGUGGUCCGACCCAACCGUGAAAGAAUCCGCCAAAUUCUUGGAACCGGUUCUGUUCUUGAACUACAGAGACAGCUGCUCACUGCAGUCAUGGAGAAUGAGGUUUAUAAAACGCAGUUGACCAAAAUCUCCGAAGCCUGGGACGGAAAAAUCAAUGAUUUUGAAAAGGUGAAUUCUUCUCUUCAGAGUAAUUUAUCAAAACUCCGAGCUGAAAAUGAAAGAUUAAGACUCCAGGUGGAGGAAAGAUCAAAAGAACUGGAGGGAACGAGGUCUCGGCUAAGUCAACUAGAAUCAACCUCAGAGCCGCAGAAAUCCCAGCCUCCGCCAUCCCAGCCAGUUAAACCCGAUCCCGUCCCAUCCCGCUCCGGUCUUAUCAAUAAGUCUGAAUUAUCUAAGAUGCGGAGCACCCUGAAACCUGCUCCGGUCGAGAGAUCUGAACCUAUCCGGAUUAACUUCACGGAUAAACCUGAACAAACCAACCGGAGAUUGAGCCAACCCGAGCUUGACCUCUCAGGACGUAUCACAAGCGAGAACUACGUCAAAUAUCCUAUUUCCGACCUCAGAAGUCCGGUUGACCCCAAAGUGACCUUUGACCUCGGUCCUAAAAAGGCAAAACUUAACGAACUCCUCCCUCCGGUCAAACGGACAAUCCCGCUUGACCGACCGGCCUCUCAGCUGCCCACAGAUGCCCGGCAAAGGUUACAAGAGCUGGCCGGGCACGAUAUAAAGCGGAACUAUCGGAAGAACAGUGAACCCAUCCGUCCAAGCAAACUGAACAUCAGCAAUGGAGUGUCGGAGAAAUAUAUAGUUGCUCCGUCCGGACAAUCAGCGACAAAAUCUCCAACUCAGCCGCAGCGUACAUACAAUCAAAUACCAGCAGCACACUCCCCUUUAGGCACUCAGUUUCCAGUGACCGGAACCGGAAACGUUGGUGAGACUGGACCGCUCAAACGUACUUCUUUAACAAGAAAAGACAGUAGAAAAGACUCUCAGCUGAACAGCGCAAAAAACUCGCUAAUCAUGAAUUUUCAAAACAACAAUGUUAAAAAAUCAGGCCGAGAUACCCCUGUCACACGGGGCUCCACCGGAAAUAGAACUAGGACGCCAUCUGUUGAACGAUCAAUAACAAGCAAAGACGAUCCGAGCAAGGAAAUUUCGACACUCCCAUCAACUGUCAAAAUCGGAUCUUCUGGAGGGCGUCUACUACCUGCCCCACCACUCCUAGACGGAAAAACGUUGCCUCCGAACAUGUAUGAUGGAAAAACGUUGCCUCCAACCCUAACUAGUAUCGAUAUUAAACAGCUGGAGCAUGAAACUAUUGCAGAUCUUAUUGCCGGGAUUCUGCAGAAAUGUUCAAAAAGAGAUGAGCAUAAAAGGUCUACUGCUGGCCUUCGUCAUCAUACAACAGAUGAGUCGGAAAGUGAGUCCAGCCGACCCCAGACCGCCGUUCAAGUCACUGAGCUUACUGGUCGAGUAUCAAACCCAACCGGAAGUACUACUACUAUUAGUACUCCAAACAAGGGGACUUCAUUGAGUCGGGGUGUUUCAAACUCACAUCCUAAAUCCUGGGAAACGUAUAACCAUACUGAAGAAGAACUUCAUAUCUCCCACACCACCCUUUCUCAAUCAAACAACUCCACGGCACAAACCAACGACUCCACCCCAAGAUCGAAUACAAACUAUCUGGAGUAUGUACAAGGGAGUCGACCCAUUUACUCUAGCCAGGACUCCCUUACCCUCCCAGACUCUCUCAACGACUUCGAGGGGGAGGACUACCAAAGUCCAACUAUCUAUCCGGACUCUCUCAGUAGUAGGAAUAAAUUCAAUCGUCUAGGAGUCCCUGAUGAUAUUGACUCCCUUCAACUUGAGGAACUGGGAAAAUCUGCCAACUCUCCGGACUCCCUAAAUGCGGGAAAAAACUCCCCAACAGGAGAGUUCUUUGACUCCAUAACAUUAGAGGAGAAGAAGGUUGGGGAAAUCAAACGGAGAAUUAUUCCUUUUGGGGAAAAUUCUCUCUCCUCUGGGAAUUCUGUUUUUACAAGUCAAGAUGCGAGCUUAGACUCAAAAGAGUCAUCCCCUCCAGUAGACAAUAUUAAACAGGGAAAUCCAAUUGAUUUGUACACUAUUCAUCCUCUUCGGGAAUCUCCCGCAGAUUUAAGAUUUCACCCGCUUACAAACCGGUUUUCAACCUGCCCCGAUCUCAGUGUUAAAGAUGACCAAGAAUUCGCGGAUUCCGAGCCCACUAGCCACCAAACCAAAGAUAUGAUGACGUCACCAGCUCUAAUGGCGGCGCCUCACAAUUCCAAUCUUCGAAAUGGAAUUUCCAUCGCGAAACAGGCGACAGAGAAAUUGAAAUGGAAGUUUCUCGGCUGGUAAAUUUAUCAAUAUAUUCAAGUCAAAAAGAAAUCAAGUCAGAAAGUUAAAACAUACCAAAGAGACCAAAUAUUUUGUGAUAAACAAUCCAAAAAUUUAAUGCUACAAGUCCGUUGUAAGGGCUACAUGUCUGCAAACUAGCCUAUUCUUGUGAUAAAAAUGGCGCCCUGUACUCUGCAGCCGUGCAAUAAAUUUUAUAGAGACUUAGAAUUAUAUAAAUUAGGCAGUGCAGCCGGGUUAAGUAAUAUAAUGAACUUAUACAAUAUAUAUGUGAUAUCAGUUAUAUUGAAUAAAAUAUAUAUUAUCAUGAACA